UGUUGUUUUAGUGGAUUUCAUUUGCAGAACAAAUGUGUUGUUUUUAGAAAAUUACGGUUUAUUCGAGUAUUCGCCGUGCCUACGAACGGACGACAAUCGUGAAAGCAACGCGAAGUUAAAAAAGUAAACUUAUUGAAUACAAGUAUAACAAAAGUGCCAGCGAACGUCGCUGCUAAUAAAGCAACAAAUAAAUAUAAUAAUUAAAAUCAAUAAAAACAACAACAAAAUUAAUCAAUAAAUAAUAAUAAAGUGCUAAUCGCAGCUAAUAAACUAAAUAUAAUAGCAAAGGGAGACGUAGAAAGAGGGAGCGUGCGCGAAAUCAUGUCGGACGACAGCUUGGAGGAUGGUGGUUUGAACAGCGCCACUUCAAGUCCGGAAAAGCGUCGCUCGACGGUACCCGAUAUUUUACCACAUCAACGCAGUUUCGAGCAGCGCUAUAGUCACAUGAUACAUAAGCAAAUACUGGAGACGGGCGUGAAUAAGGAGGCGCUGCAGCGGCAAAUCAAUGCAUAUUUCUCAUGUGGUGGCGCUGGUAGCAGUGGUGGGGGUGGUGCCAGAAAUCGACAGAGCUCCUUGCAGGAAGAUAUGAAUGAAAAUGUGGCAGAAGCUGCCGCUGAAGGCGAGAGUCAGGUGCAGGAACCGCAGCGUCGUGUGCAGCGUACAGGGGAGGAGGGUAGAAGGACGUUGGACAAAGCAGAAACUGUGGAUAUAGCUGAGUUGCAAGGCGCGAAAGUCGCUAGUGAUUUGUAAAACGGCUUUGUGGAGUUAUUUUUUUAUGUUGCAGAUAGGGUGAACCAUUUGUGUUUUUAAUGAAAAUAAG